AUGUCGAGAUGCGCUACUGAUGCAUCUCUAUCAUCUAGCGAUGGCCUUAAGUGUCUGGGAUUUGCCCAACUCACAUCCUGCAUGGUGGCCUGGUGCGUUUGCGGGAUCACACCUUUAGCCCGCUCUGUCGGCACCACUCGGUUGCCUCUUGCUUCGGUCCACUGCAUUGAAUUUUCAUCAAGGAAGAGAAGAGAACGCAAUAUUCACCUAGAAUCUUUGAUUUUGGACAAUCUGACGAUUUUGCGUUCACGUCUGGAGAUGUGUUCAGGUUUUGUCGUCCUGGCUGUUUUUCGUGAUGAAUGGAAUAUGGGGAGCGUGGAACACUGGACACGAAGAAGAGAGAACGACGAGGGAACAUACACCAAGCUGUUGGAGAUGGGACAGCCAAAGACACCCAGACUUCGAACCCAGCACACAGCACUUGAGUCCCGUCGAGGUCACCCCGCUGGGGCGUUCCGUUGCACUUCCCCCUUCUCUCUCGUUAUUGCCCUCUUAGCACCAUUGUGGACGGGCUGCCUACUAACUCACCGACAACUUCGCCCCUCUCUUAGGUUAGCGAUUAUGUCAAUAGGUGUGUGA